AUGGCGUUCCAGGACUGCUCGAAUGUGAAUGAUGUGAUCCUCCAAAGUAGCCGAGUAGAUCAGGAUGUCAUACACGGACAGGGAAGCAGGUCCUCCGGCAUUCGAGUGACCGAUCUCUCUCUUCCAGCCUCUCUGGUUGUCAGUCCUGACAGAUCUCAGUUCUUUGAAUAUGAGUCUGUCUCUCUGAGCUGUGAGGUUCAGGGGAACUCUUCUGGAUGGAGAGUGGUGAGGAACCCAGACAAAGGAAUCCUUUCAGAGUGUAAUACUGACUGGGGAAAACAACAAGGGUCUUCAUGCAACGUGUCACUAAUAUCAUCAGACAGUGGAGUGUACUGGUGUGAGUCUGGGUCUGGAGAACACAGCAAUGCUGUCAACAUCACAGUACAUGCUGGUGCUGUGAUCCUGGAGAUCCCUGCCCUUCCUGUGACUGAGGGAGAUUCUGUGACUCUGCGCUGCAGAUAUCAGAGAACUCCCUCUAACCUCAAAGCUGAUUUCUACAAAGAUGGAUCCCUCAUCAGGACUGAGACUACAGGAGAGAUGACCAUCCCUGCAGUAUCCAAGUCAGAUGAAGGACUCUACAAGUGUACCAACUCUGAAGGAGAAUCACCAGAGAGCUGGAUGACUGUGACAGUUGUGCUAAAACCUGCAUUGUAA